AUGACCAACGAUAAAAUAUCAACUACAACAACAACACCUUCAUCAUCUGAUCAACAAGAAGAAGAACAACAACAUCACUCCGAUGCUUCUUCUUCUUCUUCAUCAUCAUUAUCUGAUAGUAGUGAUCAUGAAGAUGAAAAUACAACAAUAACAUCAUCAUCUAAUAAUAAUAAUAAUUCUAAUUCUUCUAAUAAUAAUAAUAAUAAUAAAUUAUCAAAAUAUUCACAAAGAUUAUUUAAUUUACAAUUAAGAAUGAAUCAAGCUAAACAAGAUAAUAUAGAACAAUUAAAAGAAGAAGAAGAAGAAUUAGAUUAUAAAAAGAAAGUUUAUUAUAAACAUAAAAAUAUAAUUGAAAAUGAAAUGAUGACACAUAUAAAUGUAACAUUGAAUGAAUCUCUAGAAUUUGAGAAGAAGAGAAAACGUUCACAAAAAGAACAACCACAAGGAUGGGAAUCUUUAAAUUCAAAUGCAUUAUAUAAACAACAUAAAAAGAGAAUUAAACAAAAUAUUACAAAUACUAAUAAUAAUAUUACAAAUACAAAUACAAAUAUUAAUGAAUCAACAUUAGAUAAUAAUUUAUUAUCAUAUGGAUCAACUAUUAAUAAUAAUAAUUUAAUAACAGAAGAGAAUAAACAAGUAAUGGUAAAUGAAUUGACACAAAAAAAGAAAUCAAAUAAAAAGAAGAAGAAUGAUGAAGAUUCAGAUGAAACUGUAUUAUAUAUUAAUAAUACUAACAAACAUUUUACAAAAUCUCUAACUAUUCAAGGAUUAUUUCAAGAAGGUUUUAUUCAAUCUAAAUUAAUAUUUGAACAAUUAAAAAGUAAAGCUAUUAAAUUAGAUCAAGAGAAUGAUAUUUCUAAAAAAGUACAAUAUUCAUUAAAUUAUAGUAAAGAUCAAUGGAUUAAAUUUGCUAAACAAAUGAAUGAAAAUGUUGAAAAUGUAAAAUUAACAUUUAUACCAAUUAGAGAAUCAUUUAAUUUACAAACAGUUUCACAAAGAGCUGAACAAUUAAAUACACAAACACAACAAUAUUUCUCAUAUAUUAAAUCAAGAGCAAAAGAAUUAGGUAAAGAUUUAAAUGAAAAGAUUAAACAACAAGAUCAAAAAACUCAAUUCACUGCUAAAAUUAAAGAUAUGAAAAUUGAAGAAAAUUUAUCAAAGGCAGGUGAAGCUGUUGCAAAGAAUUGGUCUGCAAUGACUUCUUUUUUUAAACAAAAGGUUUCAUCUAAUAAUUCUAAUAGCUCUACAUUUAAUCAUUCUAAUAAUUCAAUUAAUUCUACAUCAUAUAAUAAUCAAUAUAAUCAAUAUAAUUCAAGUGAAGAUUCCUAUUAUAAUAAUACACAAACAAACAAAUCAUUACCACCACUUCCAAAUAAGAAUAAGCAACAACCAAUUACUUCACUUGAACAAGAUGAUUCAAUGUGGUCUAAUGAUAAUAAUAAUUCAUCAAAUAAUCAACCACAAUAUUCAUUAGAUACAAAUGAAGAUGAUGAUUUCCCUGUUGAAUAUCAAAAUACUACUACAACUAGUACUAUUACUACCACUGCUAAUAAUAAUAAUACAAAUAAUCAACAAAGUGCUGAUAGUUUCUUUGAUUAA